UUUUAUUAAAAACGUGUGGUUUGCAUUCUCGUCAUAAAUUUUGGAGUUUAUUACCAAUACUACAAAAUAUUUCUAUAAAUUCCGUAACAAAGAAAUAUUCAAAAUCAGAUGGUCUAAAUAUUUACGUAUAAAUUCAGCAUACAAUAUUUCGCAAUCGUUCCGAGCAAUUUCAUGGUUCUUAUAUACAUACAUAUGUACAUACGUACAUACCUUCAAUAGGACAAGCACAAAAUGUGUGUAAAUUUAACUGUUGGACAUAUGUUGGACAUGGAUAAGUAACUAUUUACAUGGAUUAUACAAAAUUGAGAUUGUGCUCAAAAUUUCAAACUGAAAUAAAGAAGAUGGAUUUUCGUAAACAAAAACGCUUGGAAGUUGAUGUAUUAGAAUCUGAAAACUUGAGAUCAGUAAUCAAACUUAUAAAUUGCAACUGAUUGUAUGCUGCAUAUAUUGCAAAUGAUUAUAGACAUGAGCUCCCCAAUUCAUAAACAAUAUCGCUACGCAUCACCGCGACGUACCAAAACUACUUCAGAAUCUGAUAAGGGAUUACUCAACAAUUCUGCAGAAAGGAGUGCGGGUAUAUUGUUAGAUGAGUUGCCGACACAGCCUCUCGCCGCAGCAAUGUUUUCUUUUCAGUUAAUGGCAGACGCUGUAAACAGGGCGUUGCAGCACUGCACAUCACAGCCCAAAAAUUCUUCUAUGACGCAGAUUGAGUUUGAUUCAAGUAAUGCCCCAUCAUUUUGCUACUUUUUUAUUGAUAUGCAACCACACUCUGAAAGUGAUUAUAAUUAUCCGGAUUACAAUAUGAAUUCUUAUCAAAACUACACAAGUCUUUCGGAUAAACAACAACUAAGUAACAGUCCUAAAACAUCAGAAGCGACUGAUUCGAAACUCCAACGACAAAGAAGCAUAUCUGAAUGUAGUGAUGACAGUUUCAUAUGCUUCGAGGAGGAUAAUAAAAGUAUUGAUUCGAUUGCAUUUGGUUGUACAGAUUGUAAUGGAACGGAUAAAAUGUCUGAUAUCGAUAAUAGUCAUGAACUUCGAAAGCGGGUGCGCUUUGAUUUAAAACCAAAAGUUCAUGUUAUGCACACUUGGGACUAUGCUUAUCGUGCGGCUCGAAAGGGUGGUUGGCAACAGAUUGCUCUUGAUCGUGAAAGAUUUCAGCAGAGAAUUAAACGCAUCGCGCCAAUACUAAAUAUUAUUCUGACCUCUAACCAUCGGGAGAAAGUUUAUAAAGAUCGGUUUUUAAUUAUAAAAUAGUGUUAGUAUCGUUAU